AUGCUGGAAGGGGUGGAGCAGAUCAUGAUCCAGCAUGAGAAAGAGGGUUUGAUUCGGCUGCAUUGGAUGAACCCGCUCCCCACUCCUGCGUGGCUGCAGCACGGCGGAUACCAGUGCGACGUCUGCUUAAAUCCGGAUCUUCGCACUGGCUACCAGCAUGUCAAUGAGGACAAUGCGCGUGACCACUCGAAGCUGCUUGAGCAGCGGACUGGCUACGAUGCUUGUGCCAAAUGCGCCGUAGAAACGCUUCUCAAGCUUCGCAAAGAGAUUCACGACUGGAGCAACAAUGCGGCGCUGCAAAGAGGAGUCCCUGUCGCCUAUUCUCGCUGCGACACGGGCAAGGAGCAGCUGAGUCUGUCUGUGUCGCCCAGUGUGGUCAAUGGAAGCCUUGGCGUCGAGGUUGAAGUGCAAGGUUCCAUCGGCCAUCACGUUGCAGUUGCCGCGCUUCCCAUGGACUGCGAGCUGCCAGCUGCAUGGAAGGGGACUGGCAGGAAAGUGCUUCGUCAAGCUGAAAUUCCUCGAAGUGCUGAUGAACCCAGCUGCAAAGUUGUGCAGUUCCGCUGCUUGAAGUCGGAAACGCUUUUCCGUUUUGCCCCUGGUGAGAAUCGAGGCUGCCUCCGAUGCUGGGCCUUGUUGCGGAACGAGCAGACCUUUGGCGCAGAGCACUCCAUCCAGGCCCUGAGCUGCGUCGAGCGCAGCACAGAAGGAGGUGCAGGCACAGUGCGGCUGGCAUGGAGAAAGGGCCCCGCCGGCGAGGGAGCGACGAUUCCGGCCGAGCAGCUGGAGGCUCUCCGCCGGCUGGCAACCUGGGCAGGCUGCCUUCACAACCUGCCUCCUCCGAGCACGGCCCCGGCCUCUGCCAAGCAGAGCGAUGCUGCCGAGGCGGUGGCGAGCUUCGAGCGCCAGGGCCCGGGGGUGAAAGGCGCCUUCCUGCAGGUGCCGGAGCUCGAGGCCGUGGACUGCGCAAUUUGUUUGGGGGGUCUCUGUGAGCAGACCUGGGUCCGCGGUGCUCCCGUCAAAACCAGAUGUGGCCACUAUUUCCACGCCCUUUGUUUACGGCGCCAUCUUCGUGCAUCGGUGAGUGAGGGGACUCGGCCAGGACAAUCCAGCGUUUGUCCGAAUUGCCGUGCCCCCGAAGCUUCGGAUGCCUCCAGUUGCGGGCAACAAACCCAGCGUUGGCGCAUCGAAGAGGACACGCGGGGUCGAGCUUUGGGAAAUGGUCCGUAUCGCUUCUUGGCGGUGCUGUGUGUGGACCCGGAGGCCGUUCUGGAUAGUUCCGUCGUGAUGCAGCAGAUAACACGUACCCUGAACAUGACGCCUGUGUCUCAGCCGAACCUCGGGUAUACAGACCGGGGUGCAGGCAUGACCGGCAUGACCAUGCCAUAG